AAUCGCUGGAGCUCAGCCGCGCGCCAUCGCUUAGCAUACAAAUAUCGCAGCCAGUUAGCGCGUCGCUGCCGGUCGGGAAUGGCGUAAAAUUAUUUUUGUUGUAAAAAGUACAAAAUGUCAAAAUAGUUCUGAGUUCUUUUGUUUCUUUUUUCCACUUCUCUCCGUGUGAAUUGAGUUGUUCAAAAAUUUGCAAUUUCACCAACAGUUGGUGUUCUACACACGUUCCACGCGGCAACGCCAAUCUAUUUUGUAUGGGCAUGAAGUAAACAAACGGCUGGAGAAAGAAAGUGAAAUAGCCAAAAAGCUGAAAAAUCGCAUUUUAAGCAAAAAGUUUUAAAAAUAAAUUUAAACAAAAAACUAAAAAAGAAAUUUAAUCAAAACUAUAUACGGAAAGUAAAAAAUGGCAUCUUGGCGAGCUGCAACUUUGUUCUUCUUCUUAUUCACGCUGUUAAGUUUUGAAUUCGUCUCACCUUGGAUGAAUUUCAACAGUUAUGUGUCGAAGAAACGCACCGAUUUGAAAAAACGUUGUCCGAAUGUUCGUGCCAUACGCAAUUUUGAUCUCGAGUCCAUGAUGGGAUUCUGGUAUGUAGUCCAGUAUUAUGCAUCGACAGAAGAGUUACCAGAAUAUGCCUGCAUGCAAAGCGAUUUUACCUUCUCCGCCGAGGAUCAACAUAUAACCAUGAAUUUCAGUUACAUUUUCGCCGAAGAUCCAUUACGUGAAAAAUUACAAGGCAACAUUACCUGGUUCAUACCGGAUUUCGAAACGCCAGCGCACUGGAUGCACACCGAGGAUAUUUAUGAGGGCAUCUACAAUACUUACGUCAUCGAUACGGACUACAAAUCGUGGAGCCUAAUAAUGCAUUGUGCAGAAAAGAAAAAAUCACCGCGUUAUUUAUCGGCGUUGUUGUUGUCGCGAGAACCGCAACUGGGCGAUAACGUUAUAAACUUCUUGAGAGAAAAGCUACCACGCUACGAUAUUGACUUGUCGUUUAUGUUUCCGAUUAAUCAGACGUGCCUACAUUUAAUGGAAUCGGUCAAUGAUGAUCCUCUUGCCUAUAUACUAAACGAAGAGAAGGAGUCAGAGAAGGAGAAUAAGGUCAAACUUAUGUUAAAAACCUGAGCCAUACUUCUUAAGAAGAUUUGUGUAUAAUACUAAAAAUAUACGUAGACAUAAAAGUAUUCAAUAAAUAUUAUAAUUAAUUUAGGAUUCAA